UGCGUCACCGAUCGAAACCCUUGUUCCUACUUACCAUUACCAAUCCGUUGAUCGUCAACCCCUCCUCGUCAUCGAGUACUCGCCUUUUCACCCACGAGAGUCCUUCCCAAUUCGGCAUUCAUGCCGACCUCCAAGGUUCUCACAUCAGCAACCAACUUUAUUAAACCUUCGACUCUCUCGCAACUCCAUCAAAAACAGUUACCAGGCCUCACUUCACUCUUCACCAAAUUUUCAAGGUCCAAGUCAACCCAGGGAUUCACAAAACCCGCCAAAAUGUCCACCGAACCAUCCGCCGCCGAAAAGAGCGCCGCCUUCGAGAAGGUCCUCAAGCGCAACCCUCACGGCGACUUCAAAGCCGUCGAAGCGUCUCGACCCGCGUUCGACCCCUCUCCCAAAUUCACCUACUUCCAAACCCCCCAACCAGACUGGGCUUACGGCUCGGGCGCCAACUCUCUUGCUGCUUCUGCCGAGACCAAGAAGAACGAGCAGCACAUCAUGGUCGACCCCUACACCGAAGGCCGCCCGCCUGCCUUCAACUACAAACUGCUCAUCUCCGCCAUCGUGCCUCGCCCCAUUGCCUUGGUGUCCACCCGCUCUGCCGACGGCACCACGGAGAACCUAGCCCCCUUUUCGUACUUCCAAGUCAUCUCGCACGACCCGCCCCUCUUCACCUUGGGCUUCGCCUCCCCGCUCUCUCCGGCCUCGCGCGCCAAGGACUCGUUGCGCAUCCUGCACGAGACGGGCGAGUGCGUCAUCAACUUGAUGUCCACCCCGUUCCUCGAGGCGGCUAAUUCGUGCAGCACCAACGCCCCCUUGGGCGUGUCGGAGUGGGUGAUUAGCGGGUUGACGCCCGUGUACGAUGCGCAGACGGUGAAGGCUCCGAGAGCAAAGGAGGCCGUGUUCGCGGUGGAGUGCAAGUUGGUGCAUGUCAAGGAGUUUGAGUCCCGCUCGAAGCCGGGGGAGACGGGGUCGACGCUGGUGGUGGUGGAGGGGACCAAAUUUUGGAUUAAAGAGGGGGCGGUGAAUGAGGAGUUGAAUCAGAUGGAUUUGGAUGUGUAUAAGCCUGUGUCUAGGUUGGGAGGGAUUACGUAUGGGUUGGUUAGGGAGGGCCUGGAGAUUCCGAGACCGGACUUUGAGAAGGAUAUUGGGGGUAUGGAAGGGUAUGAGAAGCUUAAGAAGGCGAGGGAGGAGAAGAAGGAGAGGGAGGAGAAGAAGGAGAAGGAGUAAUGGGGCUGAUUUUGCGGGUC